AUGUCGCAUUUAUUCCAGCAACAGCAAUCAACGGGUUAUUCCCCUUAUUCACCUCAGCAAUCAUCUGAACCAUUAGCAUUCUUCGGAUCCAAUCCAUCUGGUUCAUCUCAAUCACCUUAUUAUGCCGGAUCUAGACCUUCCUUGGAAGGAAGUAUGGGUGCUGGUGGUGGAGGUGGGGGCGUGGGAGGUGUAGCUGGUAAUAUGAACAUGGGUGUAGGAGGUAGAAUGUUAUCUGAAGGUAGAUGGUGGGAAGCUUUUGGCUCAGGGGGGUUUGAAGGUGAACCAAGUUUGAUGGAAGAACUCGGUAUUAACCCUUCGCAUAUCUUACAAAAAUCAUUGACGGUUUUAAAUCCAUUGUCAAGAGUAGAUGCGAACAUAAUGGAUGAUGCGGAUUUAGCUGGUCCUUUUGUGUUCUGUUUCGCAUUUGCUUUUUUCCUACUUCUUUCCGGUAAACCACAAUUCUCAUAUAUAUAUGGUGUAGGAUUAUUAGGAACUACAGCGAUUUAUCUACUGUUAAAUCUGAUGAGUGAAACUGGUAUUGAUGCUUAUAGAACUGCGUCAGUCCUUGGUUAUUGUCUACUACCCAUGGUGGCUCUAGGUGGGAUAGGCAUGGGGAUUGGAAUAGAUAGUGCGAUCGGUUAUUUUUUAUCUUCAAUUUCAAUUGCAUGGUGUACACAUUCAGCUUCAUCGAUUUUCGUAGCCGUUUUGAGAAUGGACCAUCAAAGGUUAUUAGUAGCUUAUCCAGUUGGGUUACUUUAUGGUUGUUUCGCUUUAUUGAGUAUCUUCAACGUCAAAAAGUAG